ACCUUAUAAUUUUGAUGGGAUAUUUUCACCGUUGAUGGGUUCAAAGCCAAGGCCGUCGCAGUUCAGUUUAAGAUACAAUGACAUCCGUUAAUACGUUUCGUAGGUAUUCGUGAAUUAUUAUUAUCGGCGUGUUUUAAUUCGCGUACAGAUUUUUAGCAUCAGUGGUCCAGUUUAGUCAGAGGUGCUGAAGUGAUUGGUUUUUUUAGUGUUGUGAUGUAAAUGAUAUUAUAGUUUCAAGUGAAUAUUAAAAAAAAAAAAAAAAAAAAAAAGUACAAUAUAAAAGGAUCAAAUUAAAAAUAAACCCAACGAAGAAAAAAAAUGGCAUUCACCUCAACCACACUAAUUCUAAUAUCCUGUCUGAGCCCAAUUUUGUGCAUAACAAACGACAAAACCAUCAGAGAUUCGUACCUAUCAGCUUACAUGGACUCUCAAGGAACCAACGACUCGCCAGUCGGAGUAGUUUACCCGGAGCCUUCACGUCCUUACGGACCACCUCAACCCAAACCCAUGUACGGUCCUCCCAGCAUACCCUCCGGAGGCCAUGUCAUGGAAAUCGCAGGCCCUACGUUCUCAAUAAUGGAUAUUCUAUCUCAACUACCAGAGAAAUUGGAAUUUUUACCCAAGGCAGCUUCUGUACUUCUGACAGUGACGAAAAUCUUACUCAAAGUGGUCGUUUUGAAAAUAAUACUCAAAUUCGUAUUCAUCUUCUGCUUGUAUUUCUUCUUACCCAAGUUGGAGAUGUUGGAUAUGAUGACGAGUAUGACUGGUAUGGAGAUGAGCGAACCUACUACGGUGAAGACUCCUCUAAAUGCUACUACGACUGCGGCUGCUCCAGAAACAGAAGAUCAAGAAGAAGAAAUGCGUUUAAAUAAAAUGGCUGAUUUCGUGAUGGAUUCGAUAGAAGCUCGGAAAUUCCUCGAUAAAUUCUGUAACUCGGACGAAUCACACUACAAAUGUAAAAUUUUGAAAAAUAUUUUAAAAGUGGAUAACACGAUGUCGAUACAAAAAUUAUUCUCUUCGAUUUGGAUCCCUCAUCGAGAUAAAUACUCCACCAGAGAAAAAGAAUCGACCAAAGUGAACUAUUUAAGGUGAUACGUAGAUAGAUACUCAAAUCGUAACAAAUAAUUAUUUAUUUAUUGAACAAAUAUAUUAUACAACUCUGUACUCUA